GUACCUAUAGUUAUUACCGUAGCGAUAUGAUUAUAUUCAGCAUGGCUAAUAUAUUAUGUCACUGAACGUAAUCAUGUGGUAUUUGUAGCUAUCGUGGUUGGUUAGUUGCUAUCUAUUCCUCGAUAGUUUGGGUCAGUAUUCACUGGGGUACACAUAUAUUUAGCUAAGUAUGUACCCCACAUAUACUGCUUUCCAGAGAAAAGGUUUACCUCCUGCAUACAACCAUGGUGACCUUAAGCAAGCCUGAACAAAACUAAUGACAAGCAACUAUCUAUAGUUGCGGAGAUCACUUGCAAUAAAUUUUAAGCAAAACAUUGUUUUGAAUAUGGGCUUUACAUCUAAUAAUUGCAGUUGCCCGAUUAAAUAUUUCACAUUAGUUUACUACCUAGAGCAGCUCCAUGACUGCAGCCCCAGCUUGAGUUGCCGCCACUAGAUAACUCACUACUAAUUUUCAAUGACGCCACUAGUUGCCGCCACUGUAUAUUUGCUGAGCUAUUGUUACAACAUGGAGAAGAACGAUAUUGUAAAUAUAGUGAACAAGACAGUGAACGCAGAAGACUUGAUAAGAGCAGUGGAGCAGCAGCCUGCCAUUUGGAACAUUACUACGGAGGAGUAUGGGACCGCAGGUGGCCGCAGGCUGGCCUGGGACGCCGUCGUACGGACGUUCUUCCCAGACUUGGAUGACAUGUCUUCUGCUGAGAAAAGUGCAUUAACGGCUGUUAUUCAGAAGAAGUGGAAAGGAAUUCGCACAUGUUAUGCCAGAGAACUUCAAAGGCAAAAGCAAGAAAUGAACAUACAAAAACCAAAAACAAGAAAGCCAUAUAUUCACUUUGAAGCAUUACAGUUCCUAGAACUUAUAUCAAAGCUAGUCCCAUUUGGUAAGGGAGAAGCUACAAAUACCACUCUAGAUGAAUCUACUCAAAAUUUCAUUAAAAUUGUUGGAUGCACUACUCUCAGUCCUAGUGUGGAUACUGAAGAUGAAGAGGUAGAAGAGAUAGUCUUAGAAGAUACAGAAGCUGAGAAACAAAGGUAUAAACAGUCAUUCAAGAGAAAGACAGUCAACGAAGAGGAUGAAAAUCUCAUUCACACCCUCGUGAAGAAAAUCAUACAAUCUGAAAAUAUGUCUAGUGAAAAUAAUGAGGAUAGGUUAUUCUUACUCUCCCUGACAUCUGAACUGCAUAAAGUACCUGAACACAGAAAGCUGAAACUGAAAGCAGAUAUUAUUACUCUUAUUUCUCAGGCUCAACAAAAUGUUCAUGGUAAAUAAGAACCUACAGUAAUAUAUGAAGAGCAAUUAUAUCAUAAGUGAGAUGUCACCAAAGGAGCUGACUUCUCACCAUAGCUCAAUUCCUUAUACUUUGGUUGUUACUCAUGCCAAUGAGAGAGAGAGAGAGAGAGAGAGAGAGAGAGAGAGAGAGAGAGAGAGAGAGAGAGAGAGAGAGAGAAUGGUGAAUCACAUAUUACAAUCUGUCUUGUAACCUGAGUGAGAAGAAAGUUUGUUUUCAUCCUCACUCCAGGCUCAUAGUUCCAUGAAAUUAAGUAUUUAAGAAACUGUUGGUUUGAAGCAAGACCUUUGAUUUGGUUAUUUUCUCUUUUGAGGUUUGUGGAUGCAGAGUAAAAUUUGAAUGUUAAUAAAUCUGCUUAUAAGACCAAACCCUAGUUGAGUGUUAGAUGCAGAAGAUGGAGGUGAAGAUGGGCUGUCUGCUGUGAUAGCUAACAAAAGUAGUCAAAAAGAGUAUUAUAAGUACUAAGUCUUUACUGCUGAGUGAAGCUUCCAGAUGUACAACUUCAAUCUCAGGGGAAGACUUGUAUUACUGUAUGGAUGGCUCCCAAGUGUGGCUGCUGUCUGUAUAUCACUUAUUCUGCCUUCAGUUGUCUUUAAUGGAAGUUUAUUUUUUGUAUUAAAAUAAAAAGGAAACAAUAAGUU